UGGCGCAAACAAACGCGUGCUUCCGAUAAAUUACUGACACCGGACGGCAAACACUCGUCUAAAGGUGUGGCCUGUGUUGGACAGCAUAAUAUCUACGGAGGAAUGGGUUACUUUUCAAUGGCUGGACACCCGGAUUGGGAUAAAACGGUUACCGCUUGGUAUGCGCAACACUUUUGGGAACAUUAUGCGUUCGGAAUGGAUAAGACAUACCUAAAAGACGUGGCGUAUCCUUACAUGAAAGAGGUGUCCGAGUUCUGGGACGAACACCUAAAGACUGUGACGAAUGGCACUAAAGAACAGUUGGGAAAACUGGUUGUCCCUAACGGGUGGUCACCAGAACAUGGACCUGAAGAGGAUGGUUGUAGCUAUAGUCAAGAGAUUGUAUGGGAUUUGUACACAAAUAUCGUG